GUUUGGAGACUACAGGACUCAAUAUAGCUGCGCUCGUACAUCGUCCUGAAACAGUUUUUUAAAAUUCCAGUCCCGUUGAUUCAUGACUUCAACAUCUGUGUAAAAAGAUCAUUUGUAUUUUUUUGUAUUAUUAUUAUUUUUUAUAACAAGACAACGAGAUGGAACUUAAUUCUCUCUUAAUUCUGCUGGAGGCUGCAGAAUACUUGGAAAGAAGAGACAGAGAGGCAGAACACGGUUACGCGUCUGUGUUACCGUACAGGAGCGACUUUUCCAGCAAGAAGACGAAAGCCUCGGCAAUAUCCAGGAAACCUUUGAACAAUCGAUCGUCGCACAACGAGCUGGAGAAACACAGACGUGCCAAACUUCGACUGUACUUGGAGCAGUUGAAGAAGCUGGUGCCUUUGGGUCCAGACAGCACCAGACACACCACACUGAGCUUGCUGAAAAGGGCCAAGAUGCACAUCAAGAAGCUGGAGGAGCAAGACAAGAAGGCUUUAAACACCAAGGAGCAGCUGCAGAGAGAGCACCGCUACCUCAAACGCCGCCUGGAGCAGCUCUCGGUCUCCGGAUCCGUGGAGCGCAUCCGCACCGACAGCCUGGGCUCCACCACCUCCACCGACUCCGAGCAAGAGGUGGACAUCGAGGGCGUGGAGUUCACUCCCGUGGAGGCGGACAGCGUGGACAGCAUCAGCGACGUAGAGGAGGAAGAGGAGGAGGAGGAGGAGGAGGAGGAGGAAGAGGAGGAGGAAGAAGAGGAGGAGGAGGACCACUACAGCCUCCAGAGCAGCUCGAGCGACACCAGCUACACAGCCACACAUUCCCACAGACUGCAGCCGCACCACUGCUAGACGUCGCGCCAGGCCGGCUUCCUUCCCCCCCAGCUUCACCUCCCCCCCGAGAAGCGCUUGCGAAGGCCCAACGCCGCCCGCCGCCUGCACCGGACCGGGCGCCGGCGCUGCAUCCUGAACAUGUUCCCUUCGCCCGCCCCCGGCUCUCCACGAAGUACACAGGGCGCAAAUGCCACUCGAGCCUUCCUGACCCCCUCCACACACACCCCCCCCCCCACUCCCUGACCACUGACCCUACCUCACCCUACUGUAUCCUGCCUGACCCCGCCCCUCCAGACACGCCUUUGCCCCGCCCCCCUCCCCACUGCCCUUACACCCCCCUCUACUUAGUGUUUCCGCAGGCUCAUAGAGAGCAGAGCUGAGUUUGUGUGGGGGGUGUGGGGGGGGUUUAUGCGGACCUCUGUGGUGCGGUGGACAGCUUUGACUUGUUAAUCAGGACGUGUGCGUUCAUGUGUGUGUGCGUGUGUGUGUGUGUGUGUGAGAAUGCAAGAGAGAAAGAACAAGCGAGGGAGUUUAAGAGAGGUUGAAAACAAAAGCUUAGUGUCUGUCCUCCCGGAGGCAAUAAUACACAGACGAGGCUUUCACCGAGUUUGCAAAGUAGAAGGUAAGGCACUAGUGUUUCUUCUGCAAUAGUUGCAACAUUAAAGGUUAUUUACAUCACACAUUAUCAUCCCUUAACGCAAUAGCAUUUACAGGAGUAGCCAUUGCAGAGGUUCUCCACUUUCCUUGAAAGAUUUGACAGCUGAAAAAUGUAAGAAAUAUGGACAUUUGAGGAAACAUACUCAUCGUUUCCUGCCUCGAUGCUCUAACCCCACCCGGCUGAAGCUUCGCAUUUACACAGUUGGGAGGGAUAUCGAUCACCUCGUCCAACAAAUAAGCGAUUUCUCAAAAUGUCAAACCCUCUUUUAACAUCCUUCCACUUUUUUAGGAUGUGCUUCUGCAGCUACGUGACCUAAAACAGGGCUCCUUUUGAGCAGCUGCUUCUGCACACAGAGGCCCGUCUUCAUUACCAAACGUGGCCAAAAACGUUACAGAGCAGCAGAGAAGAUACAUAUACAUUUAUUUUUAUAUAUAUGUAUAUAUAUAUAGAUGUAUAUGUAGAUAGAUGUACAGUUACUGUCCAAACCCUCAAGUCUCCCUCUGGUUGGGUUGCCUAACCACUACUCCACACUACUGACCACUACACUAUACCACCCUAUGGUGUGGAUGGACUACUAUGUCAAUUAAACAAAAAAAAAGACUUAACUAAAAACUUUUCUCUCUCAGUAGCGAAUUGAUGUAGCAAUAAAUACGAGAGGCCUGUGCUUCCUCUAAGUGUUUAGAUGAUUCUGGUGGACGGUGAGGUUUCGAGGGAGGCAUUUUCUUUUACCUUCUUAGCCUGCGGGGGGGGGG